AUGAAGAGCGCCCCUGUCCCGACGCUCGGGGCGCGCGAACGAGGCGCAUGCUGUGCUCCGCCUCAUGCCUCAUGCGGUCAGAUGGUUCCUGAGCUCAUCACGCGGCCUUUCAUGUCCCUAGCUUCGUUUAGACGCCCGCAUCGCAUCGGCCUAUCAAUGCCGCAUGCACAUGCCAUUCCGCAGCCUGUGUACACGUCGCCGACGCGCGUCCCCUUCGUAUUCGCUGAGCUUGUUACAAACCCUUCAUUCCCAUCCCCUCCCCCGUCUCGAAUAACGCCGAACAUCCUCGAAUUGUCCUCUCUUCUGCUACCCGCUACACAGCCCACCGGUCGUCGAACUCGGUUCACUUACACCAUGCACUGCAUCCUUGCGCUCAAUUGGCCAAUACUGGACGGACACACUCUGUCAGCGAUACUCGUUUCUAAGUUCUGUCUCUUCUACCACACCACUCCUAGUACACUGUGCACUGGUACCGUUGAAACCCGUAAACUUCCCUUACAUCAAUUCCCGACUGGUCCGACAAUCAUACCGUCUUCUACCGCUUUGUCCAUCCUUCGCCGCAAUAUAUAUCUCGCAUCUUCCUCUAUUGGAACUGGAAAUCUCUAUCACUUUAAGAACCCGCCUGAUUUCCGGCUUCCAUUUGAUCCUCUGUACUCGGGCUCGCCGUCGUCCUCUGCCGGAAAACCUCGGGCUGCUCCUUUUGUCAUUGGCUACCAUUCCUCAGGCAAGGUAUUCGACUUUCCAGAAAUAAAGAAUACGAUACUCGCAUCCCCCUGUUCAACGCACAUUGCCAGGGCUGUGUACUACUGCUAA